AUGAUGGAUGGGCAGGGGUUGCUGUUGCUGGGGGAGGAGGAGAUGGGAGAGGCGGGGGCGGAAAUGUUCUCAGACACUGAUGAUGACAGUGGUGAUGGGGACAGGGAUGGUGAUGGGAAUGACACGGAGGAGGGUGGUGCUGGUGUUGGUGCUGGUGUUGGUGAUGGGGAUGGGGAUGGGGAUGGGGAUGGGGAUGGGGAUGGGGAUGGGGAUGGGGAUGGGGAUGGGGAUGGGGAUGGGGAUGAGGUGAUGCUAGAUGCUGCGAGAGGGGCACAAGAAGCAGUGCAGAUUGGAGCAGCAACAGCAGAAGGGUUUGCAGCAGCAGGAGCAGCAGCAGCAGCAGCAGCAGACGCAGUGCCUAGAGUAGCAGCAGGAGAGACUGGGGGGCGUGGGUCUGAAGGCGUGUCAACUGGUGCGUCUGGUUUGGCUGGUGCAGUGUGGAGAAUAAGGGAGGCGGAGAGCAGGGUGAGAGAGCGUAACCUCCGAGCCUGCAUCGUUGCCGAACCUGCUGUCAGGUCCGGUGAAGGCAGGCUCGGCACCAGAGCUGCGUCAAGAAGGGAUUCGAGUGCUGGAAACACCACGAGCAGCACUGAGGGUAUGAUCAGGGGUGGUUCCUCUAACCCCUCUUAUCCUAGGGAAACAGGUAACGCAGUUACAGGUGACGCGGUAACAGGUAAUGCGGUAACUGCUCCACAAGACAUGGUAACCAGACAGCCUCCACGUAUGCAGGAGGCUAUCGAGGCCACGGCCAUGCGCAUCUGCCAGGUGGCGCGUUCUGAUUCGUCGAGAUUCCGCCAUGUGGCGCUUGGCCGCGAGCUCCAAGGCCUGCUGAUCUGGCAGAGUCUGGAGUACACCGUUUCUUGUGCUGAGCUGGCAGGGCGAGGGGCGCCACCUGGCUGUCCAGCUGGCAGGGUUGACACGUCAGCACAGUUCUGGGGGCUGGGGGAGACAGCAGCGGCGAGGAUGAGGACAGGUGGCGCGAUGUGGUUGGCUACUGCUGAGGCGAGAGUCGCGGCAUUGGCUGCUUGUGCUGAGGAGGAAGGGUGGAAGGGGGAGUGGAUGGAGGGAAGAGCAGAGGGAGGGGAGAGCGGGUGUGAGGGAGCAAGCAUGAGAAGGCAAGAGAGAGGUGGGUCCAGUAGUGGAAUUCAAAUCGGGAGUUCAAGAAGCAUGGAGGUGGGAGGGGAUACCAGCAGUAGUGGUCAAGGGAGGAGUGAGGAAGGAGGAGGGAACAGCAUAGGAAGAGAGGUGAGCAGUGGUGAGGAGAGGAGCAGUGGUGGUGAAGGGGAGAGCAGCAGUGGUACCUUGGAGGAGGAGAGGAGGUAUCAGGAGUUGAGGAGGCAGCUUAUAGAGAGGAUGCAGGGGAGGGCGGAAGGGGGGCCGCAGGGGGGGCCGCAGGGGGGGCCGCAGGGGGGGGCGCAGGGGGGGUCGCAGGGGAGGAAGAGGAAGGCGGAGGGCACAGUGGGGGCACUGGCACGGCUGGCAGUGGCGCAGGCGUCUCACAGCACACACGCUGUCAUGCUCAGGACACGUGGCAUGCUGCUAUUGGUCGACAGCUUGGCCCCUGGGGCACCAUCAGAAGCAGCACAAUCCGCAGCAGUCCCUUCAUCUAGUUCUCCCCUCUCCCUGCAUCCCCCCCACCUCUCCCACUCCCACCCCUCCCACCCCGCGCAUCCCUCCUCCUCCUUUGCUUCCACCUCCACUUCCCCACCUCCCGCCCUCCCCUCCUCCCUCUCCGCCUCCCCAUCCUCAUCCUCUUCCCCGGAGGAAAACGCCUUUCUCCUCCUCGUAGCCUCCCCCACUCUCGUACGCGACCCUUUCCUCUCCCUCUCCCGCCUCCUCUACUGCCUCCUCCCACUCCCCCUGCCCCACCUCACCUCGCCGUCUAACGCAUCUCAACACAGAGCUUCAGGUUUGUUGGAGCACAGAGCAAGCAGAGAGGAGGAGGGCACGGCAGGUGUGGUGAGGGAUGCAGUGCGGUUGGCGUACACAGCAGCAGUGGCUCAAGCCUUGCUACUCCUCGCCCCAGCCGCCGUCCGCCUCGGCAUGCUCCCUGCUCCUCUUCCUCCUGCGCUCCCCUCCCCUGCUUCCUCCACCCUGCAUCAGACAUCCGCGGACCCUACUGGCGUCACUGAGCACCGCACUUCUGUGAUGCUGCUGCGCCGAAUGCGCUAUGCCGCGUGGCCUUCACCCUAUCUUGAUGCAUAUGGCGAAGAGGAUGAGAACCUGCGGCGUGGCAAGCCAUUGUAUCUCAGCACCGACCGCUUCCAUACCCUCCAAUCCAUGGUGGCAUGUCAUGGGGUGGAUCAUAAUUCCCUCGUUCUCUCUCACUCUACAAGAGUACCCUUCUAG